AUACAGUAUUGAAUGAAACACUUGUUUAUUAUAUUAUAUAAGCAUUUAAUAAGUGAUUCAUUCAUUGCAUUCAAUACUAUAGUAACUAUCGAGACAUACGUUUGUGUUGUUGAGGACACUGACUGACUGCUGACCACUUGAUUACCGAAGCUAUUUGCUGACCAAUUGAGCCGUGUGUUUGCCUGUGUGUGUGUCCAACCAACCAAACCAACUAACUGACUGACUGACCAAAUCAACUCCCGCGCGAGAUCAACCCGUGACCACCAACAACAUGUCGUACGCCUAUCUAUUCAAAUACAUAAUCAUCGGCGACACUGGUGUCGGUAAAUCGUGUCUACUCUUGCAGUUUACCGACAAACGUUUCCAGCCGGUACACGAUCUGACCAUUGGUGUGGAAUUUGGUGCCCGUAUGAUCACUAUCGACGGCAAACAAAUCAAACUCCAAAUAUGGGAUACGGCCGGCCAGGAAGCGUUCCGAUCGAUUACCCGAUCGUACUAUCGCGGAGCGGCCGGUGCACUGUUGGUCUACGAUAUUACCCGACGGGAUACGUUCAAUCAUUUGACUACUUGGCUGGAGGACGCCCGACAACACUCCAAUAGCAAUAUGGUUAUUAUGUUGAUCGGCAAUAAGUCCGAUCUGGAGUCCCGUCGUGAGGUCAAGAAAGAAGAAGGCGAAGCUUUUGCUCGGGAACACGGAUUGAUUUUUAUGGAAACAUCAGCGAAAACGGCGGCCAAUGUCGAGGAAGCGUUCAUCAAUACGGCCAAAGAGAUCUACGAGAAGAUACAGGAAGGCGUCUUCGACAUUAACAAUGAGGCAAACGGUAUCAAAAUAGGACCCCAACAUUCACCGACCAGUUCAUUACCGACUGGUAGCCAGGGAUCUAAUCAGGGAAGUGGUUGCUGUUAAAAGUGUGUGUUUGUGUGUCAAUCACUAACCUAACAAAAUAUAUAUAUAAAUAUAUAUAUAUAUUAGU